AUGGCCUUUGAGACAGAUACACCGCUGUAUCCUCUGAUCUUUUCCAGGUGCUUGCUGGUCUCAACAGUUCUCUUUUCAUUCUCUGCUCUCCUUGCAAGCUGCUGCUAUAUGGUGAUCGAUUAUACCCGCAGAUUGGCCAUUGAGAAGAGCCUAGUGAUGGGGAUGGCUUUGCAAGUGCCCCUGGACAAGGUACAGGGCAGCUGGCUGGGCUUGAUGACCAUACUGCUGGCCUGUAUGAAUAUGAUCAUCCUCCUUGCGGAUUUAUGCUGGAGCAUGCUCCAAGCCAAAGAACUCAAAUGGGAGGAGCUGAGUGCUGAGUUGGUGGCGCGCGUUGCGCCAUUGCUCUUUUACAUGGUGAACUUGCGCGACAUCGCGCGGUCGCCCAAGAUCAGUUGGUUUCGCAUCCAGGGGUUUAUGCAAAAUCCCUGCAGCGUGAAACAACUGUUUGAGGCGCUACCAGAGCGAAGCGAUACCUUGGCAGAUGAGCAACUUCGAAGGGGAAUGACCUGCGUGCUAGCAUACUUCGGGAGGUGUUGGAAGGCCGUCCGUGGACGAUUCCGCCCACCGGAAAAUCCAGAGCCCUUAGUUCUUGAGAUGAGAUCGCUGGACGCUGGCACUGGCAUACCCAGUGAGACCAGAGCAAGCAGCAUGCAAAGUGGGCAAAGUGGCACUACGCUGUCAGCAAAUGAGCUUCAGCGUACGAGGACCUUUGAGAAGGUCUUUGGAACAGACGCUCCUCACCUGGUUUAUCAUUUUCCAGCGCUGGCGUCAGACAGACCUGGCGCCAUGGUGUUCCACACUUGUGUAUGUGUGCUGUUCGUCGUUGCUAUGGUCAUUGGAGGUUUGAAUAUCGUUCCGCACUUGUAUCGCGAUGCUUUCGUGCCACAGGUGCUGGAUGUGGAUAUCAUUGGGGCCACAGGAAGUCGAUGUUACAACAGUCCCAGCUUUGUAGAAGGUGUUGAAUGCUGGAUCGUUCCAGAGAUGGGCAAGAAGGAAGUAACUUUGAUCUGGAAGCCGGACCCCACGUUGGCGAGCACCUUCUACUUGUGCCCGCUGGAUAAUUGCAAUCGGGCUGCCCCCAUUCUGAUCGAAAAUCACCUGGGAAGAGCUCAUGAGGCCAUCGUGAAGAUGGCCUUGAACUCAACGGCCUUUGGACAGCGCAGUUCUUUCCGCAUGCGAGGCUUUUUCGAACGGACGGUUGGCAUUGCAGUGGUCAGUCUCUCCCAUCUUCUGGUGACAGUAGGAGAUCACACCGAGGAUGGCCUGCACACGGUGUUCCGCAGGGCCCAGAUUUUUCAGGAAUCAGAUGGAUCUCAGCGGCAAACUCAAGAAAUCAACUUUCACCUUGCUGCAAACUGGAGACUCUUCCACUUGAAGGCUUCAGGUGAGGCCACUUUACGACUUCUGGACAAACGUUUGCGGACCACUGAGAUGAGAAGUUUGGGAUGUGCUGAUCCCAUGUGUGGAGACAACUAUUGUUCGCUGAGAUGUUAUCGAUUGGAUCCCAUGGUGUGCAAAGGUUCCUGCGAUAUCUACCUGGACAUCACACUCCAGCCACGACUGAAGGCCAGAGCGCCGACUUUGAGCCCUGAAGAUGAGCAUGGUCCUAGGCUCACCCAGCAAAUUGGCGUCAAGAUUCGGGAUUUGGACGGUUACUAUUUGCAAGCAUUGUUGGACAAGCAAAAUCAGGUGGAGCGCCACAUGCAAGGAAGCACCCCGAGUCUUCUGAAUCUUGCAUUGGAGCGGCGGAAUCAGCUGCUGGAAAAAGCCUUUGAGGAAUCCAAAGUUGGCCAUGGCAAAGGUCCGUGGACCAAGAGGCUCUUGCUGAUUGGCUUGACAGGUGCAGGCAAAUCCUCGGCAUGUUUCUUUCUGCUGAAUCAAUCCAGCUGCAAGUUCUCCAACAGUGCGGAGUCUCACACGAAGCAGGUCAUCGAAGUGACCGGACAGGCUUUUGGGGAUCCCCGAGCCACGAUGCCGCGACUGAAGAUCUUCGAUAUCCCUGGCUUUGCGGAUACCAAGGGCACUGAGUCGGACCAAAAGCAAUGGGAAGAUACGGUCACACAGCUCCGAAACCAGACUGGUGAGGAUCUUUUGCUGGAUGGGAUUCUUUGGGUUGUCAACGGCGCCAUCCGCAGACAACUGGACCUUCGACGGCAAAUGUUACGACAAUAUCGACGCACUUUUGGACCUGCUUUCUACGACCACCUGCGAAUCAUCAUAAAUUUUGUGCCCAUGAUUGACCAUCUGUCGACAGAUGACCUAUUGAAGAAAUGGAUGUCCGAAUUUCGCAGCUUCAUGCUGAAGGAGGAAAAGGAUUUGCUCGGAAAGGACUGGGAACCCUUGAAAGCCAGAGUAGAGAAGGCCAUUGAGAAGAAACUGUCCAUCCAUGUGGUGAACCUGAAUCCUAUGUACUUGGCCACUCAACGGCUGAGCGUUCCACUGUCAGCACCAUUGGUGCAAGAAAUGCCUCCCUUCAGUUCCCCUGUCAACUUGCCAGAUCUCCUGAAACUGGUGCAGGAUCUACGGGACCAGGCCCAUCCACCUAUGAACCUCUCAGCUGGCUACGUUCGCCUCGGGGUUGGCGAAGUCAAUGCUUCGGCCUCGCGCCUGGAGCUGAGGGUUCCACCCAACGGCAGUACGGUGGUCGAGGCAACGAUCGUGGGACGCUUCCUGGGCUCGGGUGAUGGGCUUUUAGCUCAGCCAGGUGACAAGGACUGUGGUUCUGCGGCCAGCGAGUCGUAUUUUCUUCAACGGGACGGCAAUGAUGGUAGGGACGGUCCCGACCAGACUCACCACACCUUCAGGGUGAAUCUUCCUAGUGAGGUGCUGGCAUGGGAAUCGGUGAAGUUCUGCUUUUGCGAAGCGCCGGGGUGUGACCAGAUCAGUCGGCAUUGGCAAGAUGCUGGGACAAUGCCCUUCAUUCUGGGCGCAGGCACCGGGAAUCUUGCAGAGUUCUGUGGCAGGUGCUUGCUUCAUUCCAACGAGGUCUGUGUCGGAGCAUACAGUCAAACCCGCGUCCAAUCGCUGGCAACUUUCUUGGAGAGCCCGGUUGCACUCGUGAGACAGUUUGGCAGCGUCAGCAUUGGCCGACAAGAUAUGCACAUGGCUAAGUGCGGAACGCCAUGCCCAGCCGGCGUUGCAGGGGAAAUUCGCUGGAGCAACUCCUUGCAGAGAUACUCCGGCAGCUGCAUUCCGGUGAUGUGCCCACAAAACUCCUCGUCUUCCGGCAAGUUCCUCUCAGAAGGGUGCACCUGCAAUGAAGGAUUCGAAGGGGAGAUCCGGCCAGAGGUGGGUCCCCCGUACUAUAGCGGCGGCUGCAGAGCAAGAUCGUGUCCGGCCAACUCUACCGGCGAAGCGCCAAAUUGCCGCUGUUUGCCAGGAUUUAAUCCAACAAUCAAACGCACAGCGAUCGGUCUGAUGUUGCUUCUCGCCUGUGAAUCAGUGGCAUGCCCAGUUUUCUCCAUUGGGAUAGACGUGCCUUCUGGUUGCAGCUGUUCUCGAGGACUGCAUGGUGAAAUCGUUGCUGAAGCCUGGGUGCCUUUCUAUUCUGGCAACUGUGGGGAGGCUGCCAACACGGUUACCGGCCCACCGUGCUCCAGACAUUCCUUUCCUAUUUCGGAAUCGCUCUGUCAGUGCAGUCCGGGAUACCAAAGAGCAGGCAACAACAUGCAGACCCAAGUCGCCCAAGACGCACCCUUGACAGAGGGACCAGACACUUCUUGUGUUGCUGCUCCAUGCCCUCCACACUCCAUUGGCGAGAGUGUAGCCGCGGGUUGCGACUGCGAACCUGGGUAUUCCGGUAUAAUCACUGCCAAGUCACUUGCUCCCAAUAUACGUGGGUCUCCUUGGAUCGGGCGCUGCCGGGCACGAGUUUGUCCAGCUUCAACCCGAGGGGAUAACCUCACCAGUGGCUGCGUGUGUCUUCCCAACUCCGUGGGGCAGAUCAUUGCCACAGCCGUGCCCCCCGACUUUUUCACCGGAAGCUGCACAGAAGACGCGAAGCGUUUUGCUCCCCACACCUUUGGGGGGAACGCCGUGGAGAUUCUCGCUCAAGCGUUAGUGGGUUGUCCAGUGACAGUCCUUGACCUAGCUGAUAGCAGCAUCGAUGACAGGGAGGUGAGGACGCUGGCCACAUGUUUGCCUGGAAGCCACCUGAAACAUUUAGAUCUCAGCGACAACCCAAUGAUUAAAGUGGCAGGUGCCUUCAGCAUCGCGGAAUUUGGGGGGGGCCUUGAAAGUCUCAGUUUGCAGAACACUGCUCUGAGCGGCACUGCCUUGACCGGCAUCACCGACACGUUGCCAGUGUCUGCCUUACAACACUUAAAUUUGAGGAGCGCUUGCCCCUUCGUUUCUGCGAGCGGACAUAGCCCAUGGAUGCAGAGCCUGCGAAACGCUCUUCCCCGCAGUAAGUUGCAAUUUCUGGACCUUGGAAAGAACCUGUUGCGGUCCCAGGAGGUUGUCCAAUUCGCACCUGGGCUGGCGGGAAGUCAGCUCAAUGAACUCAGAUUGGAUGGCAACAAACUGGGAAAUACUGGCGUAAUGGCACUGGCACGGCACAUUCGUAAUUGUCCACUUCGCAGUUUGGACCUUUCAAAGAAUAGGAUUACUGACGUGGGAGUUGGAGCUCUCGCGAACGCAUUGCCUGCGAGCAAACUGCAGGUCCUGGACUUGUCCUCUCAAUUCAUUGGGGAUAAAGGUGCAGGGGCUCUUGCAGAAGCAUUGCUGAAAGGUAGCCGGCUUUAUGACCUGCGAUUGCAUGGGAAUGAUGUGCACUUGGCGGGAGCCACCUCUUUGGCCGCAGCACUGUCCACGGGGGUGCCGUUGAAGCGCCUCUCCCUUACCAUCAACCUACCGUCAAAUGGAGCCCUGGAGGCCUUGGCCAAUGCAUUGCCAAAGAGCCAACUGCUCAGUCUGGAAUUGAAGAUUCUGUCAGUUCAAUGUGGAGGGGUGGCGGCUCUGGCGAAAGAAUUGCCCCGAAGCCAAUUGCAAAGCUUGCGUUUAAACCUGCCAUUGAACGAGAGAAGCUGUGCAGAGGAGAUCACAGCUUUUGCAAAAGCAGUGCCCAGCAGCAAGCUGACAAAUUUGAACACGCAGUGGAGCAAGGUGAUAAGAGUUGGUGGGGCACAGGCUUUGGAAGCCGCUUUGCAGAAGCUGCACUGGUUCGACAUGAGCUCUUUAAACGCCGAACAACUGAAGCUCGCGGCAAAUGUCUUGCCCAACAGCUCCGUAACCCGUCUGACGCGAGAUAUCUCGAUGCAAACUCCCGGCGCCAUUGAAGCUAUCUCACAGAUCUUGGAGGAUUCUCAGACUAAGAUUGAAGAACUGGACUUGGGCGUGCAGGGUGAUCUGCUUGCCUCAGAAGUGUUGGCUCUACUCACUGCGUUGCCACGAUCCAAGCUCACCACAUUAGCUAUGCCCCGGGCAGACAACUCCGAGAAACCCAAGGAUGGGGUUGAUCUGGGUAUCUACCUGUCCUGGGUGAAGAGCGAGUUUGACAUCGAGAACGCAUGUUUGGAGCUACCCUUCACCCUGCUGGUGUUGGUCUCCUUUUCAGAAAUUUGCUGCUUGACGCGUCAAGAAUUUGUGCCGAUGCCAACGCCAUCAUGGAGUCUACCUGGGUGGCAUGACCCCAUUACAGGCCAGUUGCAGUCCCCAAAACACCGAGGUCUACGACGUCGCUUAGGCUUCUUGCCACUGGUGGCCAGACACGUGUGGCCAUUCUCUGAAGACUUGCAACUCGCGAAUUUCACUUUGAUGGCUUGGAGCCAGACGAGACGUGACAGGUGA